GGAAUCCUGCUGAUUUUGCUUUGUGGAAGGCGGCAAAGCCUGGCGAGCCACUAUGGGACAGCCCCUGGGGUCCUGGAAGACCAGGAUGGCACAUAGAGUGCAGUGCCAUGAGUGCUUAUUACUUGACACAUACAUUUGAUAUUCAUGGUGGUGGGAUGGAUUUGAUUUUUCCUCAUCAUGAAAAUGAGAUUGCUCAGAGUUGUGCUGCUUGCUCAGGGAGUAAAGUUAAUUACUGGAUACAUAAUGGUUUUGUUACGGCAAAUGAUGAGAAAAUGUCUAAAUCACUGGGUAACUUUUUCACCAUUCGUGAGGUUACAAAAUUAUACCACCCACUUGCGUUGAGGCAUUUCCUGCUGGGAACUCACUAUCGUUCUCCUGUCAAUUAUUCAAUAUCACAGAUAGAAAUUUCUUCAGAAGCUGUUUUCUAUAUAUAUCAGACUUUGCAAGAUUGUGAAGAGUCAGUAUCCUCACUGAAAGAAGAAAGUGCAACAAAUGCCAAAGUCCGCAUCAGCCCCGCUGCUCAAGAAUGUAUCAGUAAGCUGCAUAAAGAAUUUGAGGCAAAAUUGGCUGAUGAUUUGCACACACCAUCUAUCAUAAAUGCUGCUCUUCAAGAAGCUUUGAGAUUUAUCAACAGUUCUGUAAACACGCUCAAGAAGAAGCAGCAGCAGCAGCAGCAGUUAUCCACUGUUAAGUCUCUUGUUGAUCUAGAGAAGCAAGUCAGAGAAGUCCUGGAUGUUCUUGGAUUACUUCCCAGUUUGAGUUACGCUGAGGUUUUGCAACAACUGAAAGAUAAAGCUUUGAAAAGGGCAGGAUUGACUGAAGCUGAAAUUUUUCAUGCAAUUGAGGAAAGAACGGAAGCCCGGAAAAACAAAGAGUUCUCAAGAAGUGAUCAGAUCAGGAGUGAUCUUGCUGCUAAGGGAAUUGCCUUAAUGGACAUGGGAAAGGAAACUGUUUGGAGGCCUUGUGUUCCUGUGCAACAAGAACAGCCAAGAGUGCCAGCUCAACAGGAGAAACUUGGCGCUCCAGGUGAACAACAGAACCAUCCUCGGCCAGCUGAAAAGCCUCAGUCUGUCGUACCAGCUGAUAAACAGCAGUAGAUAACUAUCAUACUUGUGGACUAGGUAAGUAAAAUCAACAGGUGACACAAUGUUGGAACUGUUAAUUUGAGUUGCUUCACUUUAUUUCAAGAUCUUUGUGCUGGUGGGUCUUUACUGAAUUUUGUCCCUUGCCCUGGAACCUUGAUGGAAGGCCAAGAAGCUCACAGAUGGUACGAUUGAAGGUCUAUUAUUGUUAUGGAGAAUAUUAGUAUCAGUAAACCUCCUCUGACAUCAACUUGAAAAUUGAUGUUAUUUUUUCUCUUCUGUGGUUAUCAUCACCCCUAGUACCUGUCUGAUGCCGUUUA